AUGGCGUCCCCGUCGUCCUACCAGGCGGAGGAGGAUGAGAGUCUGAAGGGGUGUGAGCUCUACGUUCAGAAGCAUGGCGUUCAGCAGGUCCUCAAGGACUGCAUCGUGCACCUGUGCAUCUCCAAGCCCGACAGGCCCAUGAAGUUCCUGCGGGAGCACUUCGAGAAGCUGGAGAAGGAAGAAAACAGACAGAUUCUGACACAGCAGAAGUCAGACUCCCAUGAUGAGGAGGUCUCCCCGACCCCACCGAACCCCGUGGUGAAAGCCCGCCGCCGCCGAGGGGGCGUGAGUGCCGAGGUGUACACGGAGGAGGAUGCCGUGUCCUACGUGAGGAAGGUCAUCCCAAAGGACUACAAGACCAUGACGGCUUUGGCUAAAGCCAUCUCCAAAAAUGUGCUGUUUGCCCACCUGGAUGACAACGAGAGAAGUGACAUCUUCGACGCCAUGUUCCCUGUCACGCACAUCGCCGGGGAGACCGUCAUACAGCAAGGGGACCAAGGAGACAACUUCUAUGUGAUCGACCAAGGAGAAGUAGAUGUGUAUGUGAACGGAGAGUGGGUGACCAGCAUCAGCGAAGGGGGCAGCUUUGGGGAGCUGGCGCUCAUCUAUGGCACCCCCAGGGCGGCGACCGUGAAAGCCAAGACGGACCUCAAGCUCUGGGGCAUCGACCGGGACAGCUAUCGGCGCAUCCUCAUGGGCAGCACACUGAGAAAGCGCAAGAUGUAUGAGGAGUUUCUCAGCAAGGUCUCCAUCCUGGAGUCCCUGGAGAAAUGGGAGCGCCUGACCGUGGCGGAUGCCCUGGAGCCCGUGCAGUUUGAGGACGGAGAGAAGAUCGUGGUCCAGGGGGAGCCUGGGGAUGACUUCUUCAUCAUCACGGAGGGCACGGCCUCCGUCCUCCAGCGCCGGUCCCCCAACGAGGAGUACGUGGAGGUGGGGCGCCUGGGGCCCUCUGACUACUUCGGGGAGAUCGCGCUGCUGCUGAACCGGCCCCGGGCAGCCACCGUAGUGGCCCGGGGGCCCCUCAAGUGCGUCAAGCUGGACCGGCCCCGCUUUGAGCGUGUGCUGGGCCCCUGCUCCGAGAUCCUCAAGAGGAACAUCCAGCGUUACAACAGCUUCAUCUCCCUCACUGUCUGAGCCCUACAGCCCCGCGGCCCCGCUUCCGUGUGGUGGCGUGCUCGUCUGUAUCCGCGGCCGUUGGGGGUGGGCGCCCCGGCCACACGGGGCUGCCCCUCCCCCUGGACUCACGUUUGGAAUAAAACAGUCACCCUGUGCAUUGCAAAGACAAAGGUCCCCCAAGACCCCCAGGCCGAGGAGAUGCUGGCGGCCCCUCCCCACAUCCCUCCCCCUCUGCAGCUGGUGGGCACAUCUUCUCGGACCUGAGCUUCUGGGGGCACACGAGCCAGCCUGCCCCCAGUGGCCGAGGGGCCAGCCAUGAGUCCAGGCUGGCCCAGGUGGGCUGGGUCGGCUGGGUCAGGCCAUGCAGGUGCCACCGUGCCCUGGGGCCUUGAAUGUCAUGUGAUGAGGGCUGCAGUCCCCAGUGUGGCUUGCUGACCUCCAGGGGGGGUGUCCCAGAGGGACCGCAGCUUCCAGGGGAAGUCAGUGUAAGGAAGAGAAGGCCUCAGCUCCUGAGGGUCCUGCCAGAGAUGCCAGGCAUAAGAGCUUCUGGUGACCUUCCCCUGCCCCUGGACCCAAGCUCCCAGGUACCCUUAGAGGAGGGACGGGGUCGAGUGGCCUGCCCUUGCCUUCCCUGGAGCUGGGGAUGCACCACCAUCUGGGGAGCAUUGUUCUCCCGGAGUGGGGUGGGGCCUGGAUGAUGUCUGCUCUUCAACUUGUUUGCAAAGCAGCUUCUUGGAGACUUUCGGAGGGAGGGGAGGGGUUUUCUAGACACAUUCUGGAUAAAGUUGUGAGAACCAGGGUCGUCUUCUGAGUUGUCCAGCGAUGCCCACUGGACAUGUGCCCUUGCCCUGGGAGAUAAGUGUGGACCCAGACCCCACCCUCCUGAAGCAGGAAAAGUAGCAAACAGCUCCAGGCCCCACACUCUCAAGUCCAUGAUCCAUUGAGUGCCCCUGUAGAUGUAUUUUCCGUCCAAGCACCCCGCGAGCGAAGAGGCCUGUGGGCCAUGCAGAGCCUCGUGGUGGCUCCUGGUGUCACAAAUGAGAUGGUGCAGUUACCCCAAUUUUGCUCUGUGCACGUCCGGGCGGCUGCCGGUCCCAGGUGGCCCCCGGCCAGCCCUGCCUUUGCCCGUGGAUUUUCUGUGAUGUGUAAGCCUGCCCUAUUUAUCGCGACGUUCUGAAUGCUGCAUGUAGUAUUAAAUGUGCAAUGAAGUA